CAACUCUGACACGUGUUCUCAAGCACAGGAAGAACCCGUGAAGUCAGUGAUUAGUACUACUGUUAGAGCGUGCCAUAUUGGCUGCUGACCAUCUGGUACUCCUUAGGGCAGAGAUAGAGUGUGUGUGUAUGUGUUUGUGUGAGAAAGAGAGAGGGUUGUCCAUCAUCACUUUGUGUCCAUGACGAAAGCUACAAUCGCCAAACUCGCCAUAAUCAUCUUCCUCGCUUUCAUCGUGUGCCUACCAGAGUUCUUCCCGUCAGAAGUGUUACAGAUCCAGUUCCUUUGUACGCCUUUUGACCCUUGUGACCCUAAUAACACGCAUGGUCGUUAUGACAGACAGGUGUGUGAGAUGUAUGAGAGUGCAGCUAUCACGCGGCCGAGGUGUGUGGCGAAAAACACCACCAGUCAGGACGAAGCAAUAAAGAAGUGGUUUGUGUGCGAGACCCAGGCCCUGCGUAGUCUCCGUGACAACGCCUCGAUCUCAGAAAUGGGCAUGGCGGUAAUUGUUACGCUACAGAUCACAGCUCCUCCUCUUCUGCAGAACAUUACUCUGAAUGGACACUUUAAUCACAGUGGACUUCACAUCGAAAUACAACACAACAUCACGCAGUUCGUCUGCUGCGCACAGAACGGCAGCACGCAGCAUAACCGAGAUGAAACACCGCUAUCCAGCUCGUCCAAACACAACUCAGUGUCUCACAAACCAAACACAACAGAAGCAGGCGUCUUCCUAGCAGGAUCUUCUGACGUAACAUCCUCUGAAGGAAAAAACUCUGGUUCUAAUCAGAACAGAAGAAGCCUUUGUCUUUUUCACGUCGAGAACAUUCGGCUCAUGGCUUCGAAAACAGUGAGUUGGUGGACUCUCAGUACCAUCGUCUGGUUGGUUCUGGUCCUAUUGGUGGUCGUGUUGGUUCUUCUCGGAGUCAGCGAUCAGGUCAAAAACAGAUGCUGCUGCGGCCAAAAAAAGGUGAUGCCGGUGAUACCGACCAGCAAUCAAUUAAAGAUGUUUUCUCAACGCAGAGUUAAAUCUUUGGGCGACUUGCCUGAUGAUGUAUCAGCAAUAAGCAUAGAAGAUAAAGAACUUUUCUUGGAGAAGACGCCUUCGGAUUACUCAAGAGGUCAUGAAACAUCUCUUCAAAGAAGAAUCUCUUUGUCUUCCACAAAAACCUUUCUUCGAUCUUUUCAAGAAUCGUACAAUCGAGGUCUCUCUCCGAUUCCUGAGAUAUCAUUCACAGAUAUUUCACUGGGGGAAAGUGCAGAUGAAUAUGAUACAGAAACCUGGUCUGAUGAUUUAAUAAGAGAAGAAGGUCCCUUGCAUCAUCGAAGUCUUCCAUCAAUCAUUAGUUACAAAGUUCAGGAGGAAGUGAUAUAAAAUGAACUCCAGUGCUAUUUUUCAGCACAUCUGCAUUAACUUCCUCUCAUAGCUUAUUCAUAGACAAAUGAGGACAGGAGAGGUUCAGUCAUUGGGUCAUGAUAAUUUUGGCUAUUUUUUUUUCACACCGUAGUUCAACACAAGUCUAUAAAGAGACGACAAGAUGAGCUAAAGCUUGCUGUAUGUUAAACUGAUUUACACUUUUAAAUAUGUUGAUGAAGCUUAAUUCUUGUAAAAUCGGUGAGACAAAGGAAACAAGCAAAACCUCACUGACUUGAGCAAGUGUGUAACUUCUAUUGACAAAAUGUAACGCUAAAACACGCCUGAGAAAAAUAGAAAAAUUUAUAGACUCAAUCACCUGAGAAAAAAAACGAAUUAAGCUAAUUAUAAAAAAUUUAACUAUGGGAGUGAGACAGUAAGUAUGUAAGUAAGUAAAUAAACAACAAGACAGCAAAUCAGAAUUACAUCAAAUAAAUCACAAAUUUUCAACAUACAAAUUAUGUUCGUCCAGGACAAACAGAUGGAAAUUCCUACUAUAGUGACUAAAAUACCUAAAAUGACACAUUUGACAUUGAUCAACUAACAAGCUGCUAGCUAAAAUUAACACAACGAAGUAUCACGCUAACCUGCUAGUGAUUUUACAUACCAACUAAUCCAAAUUUUGCCACAAACUGAACAAAAAACAAAGCUUAACAGUAACACACUCACCUCUCCAGCAUCUCUACUAAAAUGAAAACACGUCAUAACUUCAAUGCUAGAAUUGAUUAGAGACUAGCUGAAACGAAAUGAGUGUAUAGCGAAUAGUUAUAGUAUAGAAUUGAGUAGUAAGAGAAAGCGUUUUCUGAGAUCGGUGCACUUAGGCCUAUAGGAUUGCUAACUCGCAAGUACCUAGCAUUCAUUCGCUAAACUUGCUGUUUAACUACAGUAAUCAAGUGUGUGUGUAGUAGAUGGAGUAGACACAUGGAUUAUUCUCUAAAACUUUUUUUCACUUGUUUUAUGUAUUUAUAGAAUUAUAUUUUGGUUCAAUUUUAGCAAAUGUUUAAUGUGCUAAAACUCAGUUACACUGAAUGUAUUUUUGAACUUAAAUUAACUUUUUUUUACAAUGUAAAUAUAAAACGUUGGGGCAAAUACAUUUAUUAAUGCUUGAAUAGAAUUUGACACAGUUUGGCUUCAUACCUACUUUACGCCAUGUCUGCCGAAGUGUUAAACAGUUAUUUGGGGUAAUGUAUUGCAUAAGUUUAUAUUUCUAAAUAAUUUCAUGUGUUAAAAAAUAUUCUUUAAUGUUUGUGCUUUUAUACAGAAUAUUUGAACAUACAACUUCAAACUUUCAACUUUGGUACAAAUUUUAAUACACUGAUGC